GCGGGCUGGGGAGCGAGCAAGCCGGCGGGCGGCGGCGGCUGUGCAGCCCGGGUCCCCGGGGGCGGUGUCGGAGGCGGCUGGGCUGCUCUGCGCUGGUUGGGGAUCUGGGGGCCACGGCCACACCAUGGGGGGCCUCAAGGAGGAGCUGCUCAAGGCCAUCUGGCACGCCUUCACCGCGCUUGACCUGGACCGCAGCGGCAAAGUCUCCAAGUCUCAGCUCAAGGUGCUGUCUCACAAUCUGUGUACGGUGCUGAAGGUUCCACAUGACCCCGUGGCCCUGGAAGAACACUUUCGGGAUGACGACGAGGGGCCUGUCUCCAAUCAGGGCUACAUGCCGUAUUUAAACAAGUUCAUUUUGGAAAAGGUUCAAGGAAACUUUGACAAGAUUGAAUUUAAUAGGAUGUGUUGGACGCUUUGUGUCAAAAAAAAUCUCACCAAAAGUCCCUUGCUCAUCAGUGAAGAAGACUCAUUUAAAGUGUGGGUUAUUUUCAACUUUUUAUCCGAGGACAAAUACCCCUUAAUUAUUGUGCCUGAAGAGAUUGAAUACCUGCUUAAGAAGCUUACUGAAGCAAUGGGGGGCGUUUGGCAGCAAGAAGAAUUUGAACAUUACAAAAUCAACUUUGAUGCCAAUCGAGAGGGCCUGUCUGCAUGGGAAUUAAUUGAACUUAUUGGAAGUGGACAGUUUAGCAAAGGCAUGGAUCGGCAGACAGUGUCUAUGGCAAUUAAUGAAGUUUUUAACGAACUUAUAUUAGAUGUGCUGAAACAGGGUUACAUGAUGAAGAAGGGCCAUAGAAGGAAAAAUUGGACUGAACGUUGGUUUGUGCUGAAACCCAACAUCAUUUCUUAUUAUGUAAGUGAGGAUCUAAAGGAUAAGAAAGGAGAUAUAAUGCUGGAUGACAGCUGCUGUGUAGAGUCCUUACCUGACAAAGACGGAAAGAAAUGUCUUUUCCUAAUAAAAUGUUUAGAUAAGACAUUUGAAAUCAGUGCCUCAGAUAAGAAGAAGAAACAGGAGUGGAUUCAAGCCAUUCAUUCUACUGUGCACUUGCUGAAGCUGGGCAGUCCACCUCCUCACAAAGAAGCCCGUCAGAGACGGAAGGAGCUGAGGAAGAAGAUGCUGGCGGAGCAGGAGGAGCUGGAGAGGCAAAUGAAGGAGCUCCAGGUUGCCAAUGAGAACAAGCAGCAGGAACUGGAGCAAGUGAGAAAGAAGCUAGAAGAAGCUGCAUCUCGUGCUGCAGAAGAGGAGAAGAAACGUCUUCAGACUCAAGUGGAACUACAGGACAGGUUUAGCCUGGAGCUGGAAAGAGAGAAACUAAUCCGGCAGCAGAUGGAGGAACAGGUUGCCCAGAAGUCAUCUGAACUGGAGCAAUAUCUGCAGAGGGUCAGAGAGCUCGAGGACAUGUACCUAAGGCUACAGGAAGCCCUGGAAGAUGAGAAGCAAGCUCGGCAAGAUGAAGAGACCGUUCGGAAGCUUCAGGCCAGGUUGCUGGAAGAAGAGUCUUCUAAGAGAGCUGAGCUAGAGAGGUGGCACUUGGAGCAGCAGCAGGCCAUCCAGACCACCGAGGCCGAGAAGCAGGAGCUGGAAAACCAGAGGAUGCUCAAGGAGCGUGCCCUCCAGGAAGCCAUGGAGCAGCUGGAGCAGCUGGAAUUGGAGAGGAAGCAGGCACUCGAGCAGUACGAGGGAGUCAAAAAGAAGCUAGAGAUGGCAGCCAGCAAGACCAGGAGCUGGAAGGAUAAGGUGGCCCAGCAUGAGGGGCUCAUUCGAUUGAUAGAACCAGGUUCAAAAAAUCCUCACUUAAUUACAAACUGGGGACCGGCAGCCUUCACUCAAGCAGAACUCGAAGAGAGAGAGAAGAGCUGGAAAGGGAAGAAGAGCACAGAGUGACUCCCAGGGCAGACGCCACCCGCCCCUGGAGCCAGAGGUCAGGUGGAGCUGGGGAGCUUUGUGCCAAAGACAUUGCAGUGUGUGGCCCUGCCGCGGUCACCCCCUGAGUGCUGCCGGCUGGGCCAGCAUGAAAAAGGAGAUGCUAUUUUAUGCACCUCUCUGCACGAGGGCCGUCUCUGAAGCAGCGUCACAGAUGUCCACCCCGUUUGUUUAUUGGUCUUUGUCUCCCCUUCCUGCUCCCCCCCCCCCCCCAUAGAGACAGCUCUCAUUUUUCUACCCAAGUGGAGGGGAGCUACAGCAGUGUACAGUCUCCAGAUACACCUUUGUUUUUGUAAUACGUCCUCUUUGCUCUUGGCAAUGUAGGAAUCUCCCUGGCCAGGAAGCUGUCCAAGCAUAUACCAUUCAUACUGACCACUGACCAAGUGAUGCUCUCAUGGGGCGAUUGGGAAUUGUGACUUCCUGGUUGCCCCUUCAGAAUAUCGUUGGCCAUGUGGAAUUUUCCUGAGUUCCUUCCCUUUCCUUCCCAAGAAACAGAUACGCUGUCAUGUGUGUCUUCUUCCUCUUGAGUCUAAUAUUCACUUUCCCUGAAUUCCCAGCCAACUGUAGGCUGGCCUGUGUUAAUGGACAUUCUCUACUGCUGCCCACCAUUGCUUUGUGUUCCCUAAAAACCCAGCAGCUAGGCUGCAGAGAAGAUGACCUUGGGAGCAAGCUAAUUUGGAAUUAAAAAUGGGCAGUGGGUGAUCCAGACUCUCUGUAAGUGGGUAAUAGAGAAUGGUCUGUAUCAGCCUGGCAGCCAACUCAGUGGUUACAAAUGGUGGCCUGUCACUGUCCCGUGGACUUCCUAGGACCCACUGUAUAUUGAGUGGUGCUGAAGAUGACAUUAGAUAAGAACAAGAGAUGAGAGACAGAUAAUGUGAUGUAGUGGGUAGAACACAGGUCUCGAAGCCAGGAAGGUUCACAUACUGAUAGAUUGGUCAUGGGCCUCUCUUUGCUCUCUCAGGCUAUAAUUUGCCAAGAAGGUGCUGACCUGCAUUGGUAGAGGGACUUUCCUCACAUGGGAGUUCCCUGUGCCACUGGAAUUGCAGGUCUAGUUCUUGUCCCUAAGAACUAGGUUAAAGAGGCUGCUUGGCUUCACAGGUUGUCUUGUGCAUUUUAGGAAGCCUUUCCAUACUUGUUUUGGGUUCAGAUAGUGAGAAAACAAUAUCAGAACAACACCUUUUGAAUAUAAUUUAAAAGCAUAAGUAACCCCAUGGGGGGUAACACAUAUUCUCAAAGUGGUGCAGCCAUCUGGGGAUAUUUCAUGGAACCAACUUCGGAAGCUUAUAAUGGCUUAAGGAGAGAAUUCAGCAUUCAUUUCUACUAACGUUCUCCUUCCCCACCUAACAUUAAAUGGAUAAAGUGUCCUGGUCAGACGUCAAAUACCCUCACCCGCAGACAUCACCAUGGUGGUUCGGAUGAGAUGGGAUUUCAGUGGCUUGGGCCCUCCUGCUUCCACCCUGGCCUCAGUGCAGAUGUUUGCAUGAAAACAGCUGAAUCAUCUUUUCUUGUGAGCGCUCUAAAAAUCCCAUCACCUUGUGGCCAGUCUUCAGGGACUGAGCUUCUCCACACUCAGGCUGGUCCCGGGCUUGAAAUCUUCUCAGCAUCAUAGGACACGCUAGAGCUCGUGUUUCACUGGUGGAGCCUUCAAGAACCGAGGCUUGUUUUCACACCAUGCUGAAGCACUAGAGGAGUGUGUUAGUGGAAGAUGGAUAUUAAUAAUAUUAAACCAUUCUGAAAUGUCAUGCAUGCAGAUUCAUAUUAUUUUAGACAAAUGUAGCUACAAUUGAAAGGGAUAUAAUCCUGUAAGUUACUGCCUCUUAUCUGAGUAAAAGACAUUAAUCAGUUAAAUGCCAUUAUGAAUUUUUAAUCAUGUUGCCUUUGGCAGUUAAUUGAAGCAUAAGUUUAUUUAAUGUUCACUUCCUCCUGCCUUUGUAAAUUUUAUUUUCUUAUUUUUAAAAGUUACUUCCCAUUAGGGUUCUUGAAAAUUUGCAGAUAACAGUUUGGGUUUCUGCUUCUUCUAUCCAGAUAUUUAUCAGUAUUAUUACUUUGUUUAUUCAGUAAUGUAUUUUACAGGUAUGGACUGAGGCCUAGCGUCAGCCUUUUAGAGUCAUCCUAAACUCUGCCUAUAAGAUCUGCAGAUGUGAAAGAGGACAGAUAAUUUUCUCUUAAUUCGAUUAAGGAUUCCACAUGUGACUCCAGUAUAACAAAUCACUAAUAAGGAACCUAGACUUUCUAAAGAAGUAUAAAGCGCUGGAUGAAAAAAUGCUUAUCUUCAAGGAAAACACCUUGCUUUGUGCUCUUAAAGGAAGGGAUGGGGAAGGCCCCUGCUCCCUGAUGAAAUGCCCUCUCUCUCCUGAAGCAAACAGACCAUGGCCCCAAAGGCUCAGCCCCAUCGUUGGCUCUUGAGAAUCUGCCUUUGGCCAGCUGCUUCCACCUCGCUUGGCUCCCACAAGGAGUAUUCUUAACUUCAUCUCAACCCUGGCCAAGUGGUUAAGUAAUUUUCAGUUAAAUAUCAGUGCCAGAGAUCUUCAGCGGACAUCUGUCAUAUGCAGUGUGUAGUAUUCUAAAUACCCUAGUUACCAUAGAGGAAAAAGUAGCAUCAUGUUAAAAACCAUUUAAUUCCAGUGGAUUUUUGUGGAUUAUGGACAACAUGAAAAUGAGUUAAUUCAAUUCAUAAUUGGAAUAAUUGGGUGAAUGCUCCAUGGUCAUCUGGUUCAGCCUCUCCUUGGAAAGGAUAGCGUCUGCUAUCUCCCCAACAGGGGGUCCCCCAGACUUGGCUGAAGUGCCUCUAAGGGAGGGCCAGCCAGCUGGCUUCCAAGGCUGCCCGCUUAGCCCAGUCUGGGGCCGCUCUGUUGGUCAGGAAGUUUUUCUUGAUAUCAAGCUUUAAUUUGCUUCUUUGAAACUUGCAUCAUCUGGUCUAAUCCAUCUUCCCACUGAUGGCCCUUCAGCCAUGGGCCUUCCCUCCUCCCCAAGACUUCUCUUUACAUUCAGACUCUCCAGGUCCUACAGCCAGGCCUUGUACGCAUGAACUCAGUGCCAUUCUCCAUCCUCAUCAGUAUUCUUCCUGAUGUUUGAAGUAAAGUGCUCUUUGUGGCAGAGUGCCCACAGACCACAGCAGUAUCUGGAUUCUGCUUGCUGUGGGCCAUUGGUUCCUAAAUGGCUAGCAGUGUGAUUGUUUAAUGGAGAAAGAGGUCAGAAAACACAGGUAAUGAAAAGGUUAACAUACUUUUGUGUUCUGUUAGGUCUGAAGGUGCAGUGGGAGUGUGUGUUGUAAUUUACAAGCAGUCUUAUUGUCUGAACACUCCAAGAUUGGCCAUGUUCAACUUGCCUAACUUUUUGCUAAUUUUCCUAAAAUAUUUUGAAGUGUUUUGUAUCAUUUUUUAGGAAAACAGACCAAAUAAGAACAGGAAAAAUACAUGAAUGACCUGAAUUUAGAACUGUCCACAUUAAUAAAACAGUGGGGGAAAGUACGGUGUGUUUCUCAAUAAAGAAAUAUAUGCAUAUGCUCA